UGGCCAUUACCGCCACCACCCCGGUGAUCCAACUCACCAUCACUACCAAUUUUCCAAUCAAACUCACAUCCUCCAAUUUUUUUGUCUGGAGAUGCCAAGUUCAUGCCGCUCUUGUCGGCCUCAGACUUGAAGGUUAUGUUGAUGGUACCACGACCACUCCUGACCAAUUCCUAGACGAAGCUAAAUCUCAACCAAAUCCCUAUUAUACCAUCUAGUACCGCCAGGACAAGGUCAUCAUGAGUGCGUUAAUCGGAAGCUGCUCCGAAACAAUUCAACCGCUACUUUCACCAGUCACUACAGCUCACCGUGCAUGGGAAAAGUUGGCUCUCGCCUAUGCCAGUACCUCCCGUGGACGCGUAAUUUCGCUCAAAACCACCAUGACCAAGACCAUCAAGGGUAACCGUUCUAUUCUUGAAUAUUUGGUUGAAUUGAUGGCAUAUCGAUCGAAGCUUGGAGAAGUUUGGGAGAGAAAGACAUUGAGUGACGAACACGUUUGUUCAACAUGGUUUGAAGAAAUGCCCAAAGCUAAGCACACUGAGAAUUGUUGAAGAUGAUGAUGAAGAUAACAUUGUAAGAGAACACCCCCGGGAAGAAACGUGUUGAUUUGGUGAUUUUGUGUUCUGUUUUUCUUUCCAACAAAUUCCUUAUAUGCUAUAUAGCUUAGACAUGGUUUUUCUUUAAUUGUUGUUGUGCAGCUUUGGUUUCAAUCGAUUGAUCGAAACCAAAGGUGCAAGCAGAUGGCUUCCGUUUUUAUAUAUCAUACAUGUGUUGGAACUUAGAAGUUCUUGAAAAAACAUGAGUAUGUGGAUUUGGCAUUAUGCUUUAGCAUGAUUAUAAUGUCUUCAGAAUUGUGGGCUAAUUAAGCA